GAAAGAUCGUCUGCAACCUGAAGCCUGAUAUCUGACUCGCAAAUUUUAGAAGUUUUAAGGUAAGGUAGGUACCAUUUCUAUAUGUCUGGUGAUGAAUUGAAGAUGGUGGCUGACCAUAUGGGGCACUCCAUCCAAAUCCAUGCUGACAUCUACAAAAUGCAAAGUUCUGUUUUGGAAAGGACCAAAGUCGCCAGAGCAUUGGUUGCAAUACAAAAUGGAAAUUUUAAACUAAACAACUUCAAGGGGCAAAAUCUAAGCAGCAUCAGUGUUGAUGAAAUUCCCCAGCCUUUUGAUGAGGAGGAAGCAGCAGAGAGUGAGAAGGAAGAUGAGGAUGACAGUCCUGAAGAGAGUUUUGAAGACAUGGAUCUGCCAGCAUCCAUACCUGCUAUAUCUAAUAUGGAUCUACCAGCAUCCAAACCCAGCUCUAGUAAAGGUUUCAAAGGGGAAGCAAAACCCAAUCUUCUGAAGCAGGAAACACAGAGCUUGGCUUGCUUGUUUAGAAUUUUAUUCCAGAUGUACAGUGACGAAGCACGUAAAGAUGCAUGGCCAGAUGUUGAAAACAAACUGGUUAGUGUGUGUCACAGUUCCCUGGAAUACUUCCUGUUUUUGCAAUCAGACAGUCACAGAGAUACAUUAUUAUACUUCUUAUCACAAGACUUCUCAAGAUGUCUGAUGACAGGUUCCGUGUCCAUGCGUCCCACUAUUAUCCUCUGAUGUGUGAAACUAUGAACUAUGACUUGAAACAUGAACUUUGUUCCAUUCUCAGAAAGUUUUUCAUUCAUGUUGGACAUAAGUUUGGAAUGAUCCAUCCUGAUAGAACUACUUGAUGAUGUGUGUUGUGAUAUGAUGUUUGAUAUGAUACAGUAUGAUGUGAUAUGAUUGUGUAAUGUGUGGGACAUGAUGUAUGAUUUACAAACACAGGAUUGAUGCACAGUGAGAUAAUGCAAUAGCUUUCACUAUUACACAAUGAAAGAACUGUUCACAGGGAGAUUGUGAGAUAUCUUUCACUGUUAUAUCAUGAAAGCAACUUUCACAUUGAAUAAAAGUCACUUCACUUUGAGGUAAUUAACAACAUAUUUACUUUAAGAAAGUGAAAAAAAUGUUAACAGUGGCAGUGAGAUAAUGAAAGUAAUCUUCAGAGAUCAAAAAUUAAAGCAGUUUACACAAAUGAUAGCAGCCAUCACAAUAUCAAAGGGAAGCCAGACUUCAGAAUGGUUCAGCUUUUUCAACGAGUUACUUUAGUUUAUUAUGUAGAUUCAUGAAAAAAUAUACUUACUUUUUUUAUUGAUAUUUUCCUUCUGGUCUGAUGCUAUUGUGAAUUUAAGCCUGGUACCAUUUGAAUGAAAAUGUGGUGUACCAUGUCUGUAAUUUAAGCCUGGUACCAUUUGAAUGAAAAUGUGGUGUACCAUGUCUGUUUUAUGGUGUUUGCUUUGCUAGUUUGGUCAUAGAAAGUAUUGAGUGUGUAAGUGAAAAUAGUGUAUGCGUAGAAUGUAAAGUUGUUUUAUUUCUGAUAUCUUGAGAAAAAAUGGGGUGCUUUAGUCUCUCAGUCCUUUACAAAGUACAUGUAUAUCAAAACCGAUAUAGACUGUAUUCCCAUUUUGUAGCUAAUUAGGAAAUUUAUUGCACACAGAUUCAAAGGGUAUUUUUCAAAAAAGAAUUUUUUUUUCAUUCAGUUGCACCUUGUAGAUAGGUAAUUUGUGUGUGUCCUCAUGUUGAAAAUGUUAAUUAUGCAUAACUCUUUAUUUGUAAACAUUUUGAAAAUGCCUUUGUAGUAUAUUUUCACACAGUUUUAAGGUCGUCAAUUCAAUUAUACUGAGAAAUAGAUCUUAGAUGUUUCUUAAGAUAUAAAUAUGUCAAAAAAGGGAAUUACAUUUUACAAGAUAAAACAUGUAAUUUUGAUGUAAGUUACCAGCUGGCACAUUUUAGUGUGACAGUUUACGUUUAUGACACACUCCAUGUUUGUUGUUCCAUCUCUAAGUCUUUCAUAUCAAUCCAACAUUGCUAUUUGAGCAGGGGUUUAAUAUUUUUGGCUUUGUAGAAGUAGUAAAAUUAGGUAUUUUUAGUAACACCAUUUGAUGGAAAAUACAAAUACCUGGCAUUUAUAUAGCGCAAAAAUCAUAAAAUAUUCUAUUUUUCUUUACAGUUACAUAACACAUUCAUUCAAAAUAUGAACAGGAUUCUAGAACUUAGAUUUAGACAUAUAUAAAUACUAUUUUAUACCACUACUGAUAUUUUGUAUUUUAACAGGAGUUAAAUUGACAGGUUUAGAACUAUUACUCCUAGUAAAUAUCCCCAGUAUUCAUACGGUUCAACCGAACUAAUCCUUUGCAGGAUUUUCCAUGAAUUUUGGCUUUAUUUUGCAAGAUUCAAAUGUAAACUAUACAUCAUUCUAGAGUUCUCCAAUGGGGGUUGUUCUUUAUUUCUUUGCUUUAUAUCAUUCUAAAGUUCUUAAUGUAUUGUUAAUGGCACAAGAAGGAUUUAUUCAAGUUCUGCAAAUAUUAUAUAGGAGGGGGCUGUAACAAUUUGUUCAUCCGUCAUCGUGCAAUACAUGCAAAAUGUACCUGGCUUUCUUUUAUUUGAGAUUUUUAUAGCACUGUAAUUCUGUAUUUAAAAAAUCAUAGUUUAAAACCUAUCUGCUGCUGUAUGUUUAAAUGUUUUUAGUCAUAACAUGCAAAAUUUGGAGCUCCUUGGCUGAGUGAUAAAGAUUGCUGACUACUAAUGCAUUACUUGGUCCUCACUGCUUUUGAAAUGGUGUUUGGUUAAUUGACUUUUUUUCCUGUGAGGAAGAUAUUGUAGCUGGCUUGUGGAAGGUUGGUACUUCAAUCAGAGUACAUACUCUUCCUGAUAUCAUAGCAUCUAAGGUUAAAGGUGGAAAGUCAAUGUGAGCGUAAGUGCAGCAGACUAACACAGCAAACAUGCACUAAUAGCUCAAACAAAAUCUGACUGGGCAACCUCUUAAAGCUUUUGCUUGUGUAAUCUAUCCUACAUUCCAUAGUUUGUAACUGGCAUGAUGUAAGUGUAGAACUUGUAUAUAUGUAGAGGAUGCUUGGUUCAGUGUAUGAUUGAAGUAUCUUAAACAGAGUGGACACCAGAUGCAAAAGUUUUUAAGAAUGGCACAGUCAGUUGAAAAUGUCUGCUCUUGUGUUCACGAGUGAAUGUGUUUUUGAAAAGCAAGCAAAUUUUCUUUCCAUUUCAUGUCUUUUCAGUUAUUUAUUCAAUUUGCAAUUCAUUACAACUGAAAAAUAUAUUUUAUAUUUCACUAAGUGAAAAAUAUCAAAUCUAUUGUUUACCAAGAAAUUGCCAGAAAUAUUUCACUGUUAUAUUUCAAUAAUUCACUGCAAAAACAUGCAGUAAAAUCAUUUAUAUAUUUGGUUAUUCUUCAGUUAUUGCCUCCCACAUAGCUUGGAAAUGUUUUGCCAUGUUAGAUCAAAGUGUAUGAAUUCAUAAUUGUGAUCAUUUUGCAACAUUCAUAACCCCCAUGCCUUUUUAGCUCACCUGUCACAUAGUGACAAGGUGAGCUUUUAUGAUCACGCAGCAUCCGUCAUCCGUGCGUCCGUCCGUGCGUAAACUUUUCCUUGUGACAUCCAUAGAGGUCACAUUUUUUGUGGGAUCUUUAUGAAAAUUGGUCAGAAUGUUCAUCUUGAUGAUAUCUAGGUCAAGUUCGAAACUGGGUCAUGUGCCUUCAAAAACUAGGUCAGUAGGUCUAAAAAUAGAAAAACCUUGUGACCUCUCUAGAGGCCAUAUAUUUCACAAGAUCUUCAUGAAAAUUGGUCAGAAUGUUCACCUUGAUGAUAUCUAGGUCAAGUUUGGAACUGGGUCACGUGCCUUCAAAAACUAGGUCAGUAGAUCUAAAAAUAGAAAAACCUUGUGACUUCUCUAGAGGCCAUAUAUUUCAUAAGAACUUCAUGAAAAUUGGUCAGAAUGUUCACCUUGAUGAUAUCUAGGUCAAGUUUGGAACUGGGUCACGUGCCUUCAAAAACUAGGUCAGUAGGUCUAAAAAUAGAAAAACCUUGUGACCUCUCUAGAGGCCAUAUAUUUCAUGAGAUCUUCAUGAAAAUUGGUCAGAAUUUUCACCGUGAUGAUAUCUAGGUCAAGUUUGAAAGUGGGUCACGUGCCAUCAAAAACUAGGUCAGUAGAUCAAAUAAUAGAAAAACCUUGUGACCUCUCUAAAGGCCAUAUUUUUUAUGGGAUCUGUAUGAAAGUUGGUCUGAAUGUUCAUCUUGAUGAUAUCUAGGUCAAGUUCGAAACAGGAUCAUGUGCGGUCAAAAACUAGGUCAGUAGGUCUAAAAAUAGAAAAACCUUGUGACAUCUCUAGAGGCCAUAUUUGUGAAUGGAUCUUCAUGAAAAUUGGUCAGAAUGUUCAUCUUGAUGAUAUCUAGGUCUGGUUCGAAAUUGGGUCACAUGUCUUCAAAAAGUAGGUCAGUAGGUCAAAUAAUGACAAAACGUUGUGACCUCUCUAGAGGCCAUAUUUUUCAUGGGAUCUGUAUGAAAGUUGGUCUGAAUGUUUAUCAACUGGGUCAUGUGGGUAGAGGUGAGCGAUUCAGGACCAUCAUGGUCCUCUUGUUUAUAAGUAUCUGAUUUGGUGAGCAUGUUUCUACUGCCUAUGAUUGUUACUUUGAUAGCUAUUUAUAGACAGAUGUAUAUUGGAGUAAUCUUACUAUUGGCCACAAAAUCAAGUGGUGAUACUCUAAGAGUUUGAAAUAGCUAUAGAAUAUAAAAUGUGCAUUACUGUUAUAUUAAUAUGUUCUGUUUUUUUAUGUUUGUUCAGGACUAAGGAUACUAUACAGGUAUGGCAGAAUUAGAAUUUCCUGUUGCUUUCAUUUUUUAUUUUUCUGAUUAUGAGGCUAGUGAAGCAUUAGCAUUUUGUCAUGACAAAGAGUAUGACAUAUUGGACUUAUAUCAGUUUGAUCACAACCUUAUUGGUUUUUAUGUACAUUCAGAGUUUGAAUCAUGCAGGGAUUUUUGUUUGGACCACCAUUUUCAAGUGGUUUGUUUUUCCAUAAAUCUUAUGGUUCUUUAAACCUGUAUAUAGAGAAUAAAAGGUUAGUGCCAUAGAUGGAGAAAGUUUAUCUGGCUAGGUGGAGGACAUCGGGUGAGCCGAAGAUGAACCUGACAAUGUCCGGAGCCGAGCCAGAUAAACUUUCUCCAUCUUAGGCACUAACCUUUUAUUCUAAUUAUCUUGUCAUUACUUCAUUUUCCGAUAUAUUGCAAUAAAUUUUAGAAAAAUUAGUGUGCGACAACCGUUUAAUGACGUCAUAUUCUUUAUGACGUCACUUAUGUAGUGACGUCAUCACCAACACCGAAAUGUGAAUAAAAUUGAAAAAUAGCAAUGACUUAUUCGUUUUCGAAUAAAAACUCAUUAUUUGACCACUCAUUUUCUUAGUUAGGACAGUUCCAACUCAAUGGUUAUGGUUUCUAUGCAAAAUUUCUUAUGACAACAAUAACAGUCAUAAGGUCACAUGAUCAACUGACCUGAUGUCAACUGACGGUAUAUCAAGAAAAAUAUACGGCACCCUGAUAUCGGGUUGAAAAUACUGCAAUGGACAGGAUAAUAUACAAUUAUCGACUUUUUCAUAGGUUGAUAUCUGGAUUUAUCAACCCGAAAAGAGUUAUAUUCACUGAGCCGAAGCCGAAGGCGAGGUGAAUAUAACUUUUUGAGGGUUGAUAAAUCCUGAUAUCAACCUGUGAAAAAGUCAAUAAUUGUUUUAUUACAUAAAUAAAUGUAUAGUCAGUCAUGUUAUUACAAUUGUAUCUUUAAUAAAGAAAUAAGAAAUAAAUUUAGAUCAAAUCAGGUUGAUAUUGGUUUUCCAAGCACCUACUUCGAUCUAUUUUUAUUUUUGUACUAUUUAUAACCCAAGAUAAGUAGAUAUGAUAUGUACUCAUUACUUUUCGAACCGUUUUCAGCCAGUCAGAGAAAAUUAUCAGUAGCAAUAAGGGAGCAAAUUCUGAUAUUUUCAUGAAGGCAGAUUGGUCAAUUAUAAUAUUUCUAUAUCACCUUCAAAUAAAUGAAUAUCCUCUCCUUUAAAACUUAUUAAGUUUUCUUUUUCUUUUGCAGGCAAACAUACAAAAUUAUCUUUGGUAGGUGUUGUUAAAAUUUCUUUCUUUUACUAUUUUUGUGUUGUUUUUAACAAUGCCUGGAGAAGGUUUUCCCUUUGGAUAUUUAGUUUUUUUUUCUGUUGAACUGUUCUACAAGUUUGUUAAACAUUGUGAAAAUAAGGCAUACGAUGUCAAAUGUACAAACUGCUAUAUAUACUUUUUUGAUAGCAAAGAGUUCUACGAGAUGAUAGAUUUCUGCCUUGAUGAAGUAGAUGCUUAUAUUAUUGAUGUUAUAAAUACUGCUGGUGCACAGUACAAGAAACUGAAUUAAUGAUAUUAGAUACGUCCCAUGCUUAAUGUCAUUAAUUAACAUCAGGACAGGUAUUAAGGCCUUAGCAAGUAGUUAUUGAGACAUCACAAAAUUUCGUGAAAGUAUCUAGUUCACUGCUGAGCUGCGGCUCAAGAAUUGCUUAAAAUUUGCCAAAAUGGCUGUUUUUUCUUUAGCUCACCCGAGCCAAAGGCUCAUGGUGAGCUUUUGUGACCGCUCAGUGUCAGUCGUCAGUCGUCCGUCAACAUUUUCUUAAAAAAUCUUCUUGAAAACCACUCGGCAAAAUUACACCAAACUUCACAGGAAUGAUCCUUGGGUGGUCCCCUUUCAAAAUUGUUCAAAGAAUUUAAUUCCAUGCAGAACUCUGGUUGCCAUAGCAACCGAAAGGAAAAACUUAAAAAAUCUUCUUGUCCAAAACCGCAAGGCAUAGAGACUUGAUAUUUGGCAUGUGACAUCAUUUUAUGGUCCUCUAUCAAGAUUGUUCAAAUUUUGCCCCUGGGGUGAAAAGAGGCCCCGCCCCGGGGGUCACAAGUUUUACAUAGACUUAUAUAGCAAAAAACUUUAAAAAUCUUCUUGUCUAAAACCACAUGACCUAGGCCUUUGAUAUUUUGUAUGUAGCAUUGCCUUGUGGUCCUCUACCAAAAUUGUUCAAAUUAUGCGCCUGGGGGUGAAAAGAGGCCCUGCCCCGGGGGGGUCCCAUGUUUUACAUAGACUUAUAUAGGAAAAAAAACUUUAAAAAAAUCUUCUUGCCUGAAACUGCAAGGCCUAGGCUUUUGAUAUUAAGUAUGUUGCCUUUCCUGGUGUUUCUCUACCAAAAUUGUCCAAAUUAUAUCCCUAGGGUGAAAAGAGGCCCUGCCCUUGGGGUACCAAGUUUAACAUAGACUUAUAUAGGAAAAAAAUUAAAGAUCUUCUUGUCUUUAAGUUCAAGGCCUAGGCAUUUGAUAUUUGGUAUGUAACAUUGCCUGUUGGAUCUCUAACAAGUUUGUUCAAAUUACGCCCCUGGGGUGAAAAGAGGCCCCGCCUUGGGGGUCACUUGUUAUGAUAUGAGUUAUAUAGGAAAAAAAUACUUCAAAAAUUAUCAGAUCAUAUUUCCUAGACUGCUUAAUUAUAAUUACCUGAUGACCCAAGUGAUUAGGGAUCACUUGACUGUGACCUUGACCUACUGACCUACUUUCUUGUUUUUUAAGAUACAGCCUUGAAAUUUGGAUGACAUGUACAGUUUUGCACACCAGUCUUAAAACUGUCUUUCAGUGACCAUGAAUAUGACCUACUGACCUACUUUCUAAUAUUUUAGCGUCAGUUUGCCGUUUGAAACAUGUGGCUCAUAUUACUCAGGUGAGCGAUUCAGGGUCACCAUGACCCUCUUGUUGGUUUAGGUACAGAAUAGUCUUAAUAAUUUAUUAUACGCCCGAAGGGACGUAUUAUGUUAUGACGCUGGUGUCCAUCUGUCCGUUAGCAAUUUUGUGUCCGCUCUGUAACUCUUGAACCCCUUGAAGGAUUUCAAGGAAACUUGACACAAAUGUUCACCACACCAAGAUGAUGUGCAGAGCAUAUGUUUUGGGUGUCUCGCUUAAAGUUCAAGGUCACACUUAGUAGUCAAAGGUCAUAUCAGUUUGUUUCAUGUCCGCUCUGUAACUCUUUAACCCCUUGAAGGGUUUCAAAAAAACUUGACACAAAUGUUCACCACGCCAAGACGACGUGCAGAGCGCAUGUUCCGGACGACUCGCUUCAAGGUCAAGGUCACACUUAGGGGACAAAAGUCAUAUCAGUUUGUUUUGUGUCCGCUCUGUAACUCUUGAACUGCUGGAAGGAUUUCAAAGAAACUUGGCAGAAAUGUUCACCACACUGAGAUGAUGUGCAGAGCGCAUGUUCCGGUUGACUCGCUUCAAGGUCAAGGUCACGCUUAAGGGUCAAAGGUCAUAUAUGACUUUGCUUUGUGUAUAUUGCUGUGCAUUGCAGAGCUCUUGUUUUUACUUUGCAGAUUUCUUUUUUGUACUUACAAUAUUUUUUUUGAAUUACUUCCCUUUUAUGUUACUAUAAAUAGCUUAUUUUGAAACUUUUAUUAUUGGCCUUAGGGAAAAACCAAUACCACUUUUCUGUGGUACAACAUGGAUGGUACUUCCAAUUUUUAGGUCUAUUUUUACAUACCCGUACCUGAUAAGGAUUUUUUUGUAGAUUUUGAAUAUUUUUUUUGUGGACUUAGAUUUGUUUUUUGAAGUUUUGCUUUUGUUGUUCCCGUCCUUUGGGCUACAACAGUCAAGUUCUUAAAAUUUUGCUCCCAUCUUAUGAUGUAAGCCUUCGAGCGUAUAUUGCCCCGCUUGGCGGCGCUCUUGUUUUGCAUAGUAUCUGGCAAAAAUCAAUGUUUUAUUCAGGUCUGCCAACUGUUAAUUGCCAAAUUUAUGGGGGGAAAAAUAAUUUGAUGAUUUGUUUAUGUUAAAACAAACACAGUAGUGGUAAAAUCAGAAUCAUAUUACUUGUUAUACGUCCAAAGGUAUGUAUUAUGUUAUACCCCCGGUGUCUGUCCGUCCGUCCGUUAGCAAUUUUGUGUCCGCUCUGUAGCUCUUGAACCCCUUGAAGGAUUUCGAAGAAACUUGACACAAAUGUUAACCACAUCGAGAUGAUGUGCAGAGUGUAUGUUUCGGAUGGCUUGCUUCAAGGUCAAGGUCACACUUGGGGGUCAAAGAUCAUGAGUUUGUUUGGUGUCCGCUCUGUAACUCUUGAACUGCUUGAAGGAUUUCAAAGAAACUUGGCACAAAUACACACCACAUCGAGACGAUGUGCAGAGCACAUGUUACAGAUGGCUUGCUUCAAGGUCAAGGUCAUUCUUAGGGGUCAAAGGUCAUAUGACGUUGUUUCGUAUGUAUAUUGCUCUGCAUUGCGGUGUUCUUAUUUUUAUUUCGCAGAUCACUUUUUUGUUCACUUACAAUAAAAAAAAUUUUGAAUUACUUCCCUUUUAUGUUACUAUAAAUAGCUUAUUUUGUAACUUUUUUAUUAUUGGCCGUAGGGAAAAACCGAAACCACUUUUUUGUGGUACAACGUGGAUGGUACAUCCGAUUUUUGGGAAAAAAAAUUGGAAUUUCUUCCCCUUGUUGUUCCAGUCCUUUAGGCUUCAACAGUCAUCUUUUUAAAUUUUGCUCCCAUUCUAUGAUAUAACCCUUUGGGCCUAUAUUGCCCCCACUUGUUGGAGCUCUUGUUUAUUAUUUGGCUUCAGUUGUACAUGAAUAAGCGGAUACUAUUCGUUAUAUAUUUUUAACAUCUUGGUGCUGAUAACAUGUUAUUAGAUAUGCGGUUUAUGUAAUUGUAACAUAAAUACAGCAUCUUAAACACUGAUUUAGAGUAGUUUUUAUGUAUUUGUAAGAGAGGUAUUUAGAUACAUGACAUUAAAAAUUCAAAACCAACCCCACCAUUUAAAAUCUUUUUUUUCUCUAUUAACAGGAUGAUGCAUUGUCUAUAUGCAAAUAGCUAGCUAAUAUAGAUGUAUGAUAAGAUAACUGCACUUUAGAGAACUUUGUAAUAUAAUUAAAUGAAAAUUGUUUCAGUAUUUCAUCCAUGAUUCCAAGGGAAAAUACAAUAAUUUUGACAAUAACCAGUAGUAUUUUUCUACUUUCCUUAUAUAGGUAGAUGAUGUGACAUCUAGAAAUAGUGAAAUGGUUUGUUGUUUUUUGAAUAUUUGAAGUACAUGUGUAUCAUAAAAAUGACCAGGCAAAGCAGAAAUAGGUCUAGUAUUUAAUGUGAUGUAUGGGAGGAAAAUGAUUUGACACUAUCAUCACUUACAUCCAACCAUACACUAACAUAACAAAGAUAUUCUAACAGAAGUGUAAAUUGUCAUAUCCAAGUACUGGUGUUUCUCAUGUUUAGUAAAAUUGAAGAAGUAUAUUUUUAUUAACAGAAAAAUGUAGAUUUAAACAGUAAAAUAAACAAGAAUUCUAAGACCCAUUUUUUUUAGCAUGGCUAUUUAAUCAGCUCACCUGAGCACAAAGUGCUCAAGGUGAGUUUUUGUGAUCACUCUUUGUCCGUCGUCCAUCGUGUGUGCGUCGUCAACAGUUGACUUUAAAAGACAUCUCCUCUAAAACCACUGAAUGGAUUUUGAUGAAACUUGGCAGGGAUGUUCUUUGGAUGGUCCUCUAAUAAAGUUGUUCGAACAGUUCU